AAGAGGCGUUGGCAAAACUGCUUCCGCUAGCAAAGCGCCAUUUUCGGCGUUGUCACGGGACUACAGCAUGCUGUUAAUCAGAUAAUAGGACUAGUAUUUAACGUCUGAGACCUACUUUUCAGUAUUUUUUAAACAUGGGACGCAAAAAGAAGAAGCAGAUGAAGCCAUGGUGCUGGUACUGUAAUCGAGACUUUGAUGAUGAAAAGAUUCUCAUUCAGCAUCAGAAGGCAAAGCAUUUCAAAUGCCACAUUUGCCACAAGAAGCUGUACACAGGCCCAGGCUUGGCCAUCCACUGCAUGCAGGUGCACAAAGAAACUAUUGACAGUGUACCAAAUGCAAUUCCUGGAAGAACGGAUAUUGAGUUGGAAAUCUAUGGCAUGGAAGGGAUUCCAGAAAAAGACAUGCAGGAACGAAGACGGACAUUGGAACAGAAAUCACAAGAGAGCCAAAAGAAGAAGUCAAAUAUGGAUGACUCUGAUGAGGAUGAUGAUGAUGAUGAAGCAGGACCGUCAGUUCAGCAGGUUGCUGCUGUCCCACCCCAGGCAGGCUAUGCUGCAGCCAUGGUUCAGCCUGGUAUUCCUCCUGUGGCGGGUGGACCCGGGAUGCCUCCUGGAGGAUAUCAAGGAAUGCCUCCCAUGAUGCCCGGCGUCCCUCCCAUGAUGCACGGCAUGCCCCCUGCUAUGCAUGGAAUGCCACCAGGGAUGAUGCCAAUGGGCGGGAUGAUGCCUCCCAUGAUGCCAGGGAUGCCGGGUAUACCGCCAGGUUUGUAUGAAUCCUCAGGAAUGCCACCUCACAUGGCUCCAAGACCAGGGAUGCCUCAUAUGGGUCCAGCCCCCACAGCAGGGGCCAUACCUAGUCGACCGACAGCCCCAGUAGCACAGCCCGUAGUGACCAAACCCCUCUUCCCUAGUGCUGCACAGAUGGGCUCUGGUGUUCACAGCAGCACAGCAGCCAUUUCCUCUCCACCUGCAGACCUUCAGUCUGCCUCUUCCCAGCCACCCUUUCCUAACACGCCACAAGCCCAGCAGAGCGCUUCAGGAGCUGCCGCUUUAAACUCCCACAGCACAGCCGCCUCCUCCGAACCUCCGAAAGCAACUUUUCCUGCCUACACCCAACCCUCUGUCUCCUCUUCCACUUCUUCCUCUUCUAACCCCUCUAGCAGCACUGUGGCUAAACCCCCAGCCACAGUGACCAGUAAGCCUGCCACCCUCACCACCACGAGUGCAACUAGUAAGUUGAUCCACCCUGAUGAGGAUAUCUCACUGGAGGAGAUGAAAUCUCAGCUGCCACGUUACCAGCGCCUUCUCCCUAGGCCUGGUCAGGCCCACGCAGCAGCUCCUCCGGUGGCAGCUGUGGGCGGCAUCAUGCCCCCACAGCCAGGCAUUCCACCACAGCAGCCUGGCAUGAGGCAUCCCAUGCAUGGUCAGUAUGGUGCUCCUCCUCAGGGCAUGCCAAGCUACAUGCCUGGAGGCAUACCUCCUUAUGGGCAAGGUCCUCCCAUGGUUCCCCCUUACCAGGGAGGUCCUCCCAUGGGCAUGAGACCCCCCGUCAUGUCUCCAGCUGGACGCUACUGAAGCAGCAAAGCAGCCACCACAUUAGGUUUGAGGUUAACACCUUUCUCACAUCCCUGUGCUUUUUCAAACCUAGCUGCAAGCACAGGGCGUUAAGACCAGUGGUGGUGAAGACAAAACAUUAUUUGUUAUGACACAUGGACGUUUAAUAGAACAUGUUUAUUUGAGAAUAACCAAACACCACAUGUUUCUGACAGUUAUUCUGUUGUUUAAUUACAUGUGAGGAUAUAUUUUUCCCAUAGGUCUCACUCAGGUUUAUAGAAGUGAAGUGUGUUAAAAUGAUUCAUAUUUCUUUUGAAGCUGCUGGAGUUACAUGAACGUACCAACCCCUUAAAGGCAAGUUUCUCUUGUAAACAUUCGAUCAUUUUAGUUUGAUUUCUUUGGUAUAGUGAUUGAGGCCCUCACAGCAUGCUCGUGCUGUUGGACUUGCGUCCCCAACCUUGGUUGGUGAGGGUCUCAGUGAUGAAUGUGAUUCCAACUUAGUAGUGUUUCAAAUUCAUAACUCAUCAUACUCUAGCUUUAUUCUUAUUUCAGGUUUGGUUUUAAUGUUUCCUGGUCACAAGGGUACAUGUGUACAUCAUUUGUAAUGUUUUAUGAAUCUGUUGUAAUAAAAUCCAUCUUGAAAUCCAA